AAUCCAUCAUGGCUACCGGAGGAAAAAAUAUCGCUCUUUUCGUUCUAGUUUUCGCGGUUUACGCGUCUGUUUGCUGUUGCCAAACGCACCAGAGUAAUGUGUGCACUUACUAUUAUGACGCACGGUACUCAGAACCGCAGGGUAACCUGGCCAACUGCACCUGGUACAGCAACAACUGCUGCUGCCGCCGCACAGAGGUCACAUCUGUGGCCAGCUCCAUGUACCCGCUCUUUGGUGCCACACAGAAGUGUCGCAACGUCUUAAACUACAUGAUGUGUUACUUCUGUAGUCCUGAACAGUACCUCUGGUACUAUGAUAACAGGGUCCACGUCUGUGGGCGGUUCUGUGAGCUGGUGUACAGGGAGUGUGGCUCGGCGUCCUACGAAGGCGUGGCCAUCGCGUCGGCGUACGAGAGCGGCUGGGACUUCUGUCAAGCACAGACAUACCUGGUGUCUGACGAGCUGCCAUGUUUCGACUACGACCCAAAAGUGUUCGGGGGAGGGGGGCUUGUGAAGGGGUGUAGGGAAGCGUUAGCGGGGUUGGCUCUGCUAGUUUUGAUAAUAAACUUUAGAUAUAGCAUGUGACAAAUAUAGGGAAGAUUGUGAUGUUUUUAUGUUGUACACAGUCAGGUAUAUGUUUGAUAUAUGUCUCACAGGACCGAAUUUCUCCCCUAACUUAUUUCACAUAUCAACUCAGAUAUGCAUUUAUGUACAGGACACACUUGUCUUCAGACUUAGUCAUUUCUCAGUUUCUUAGAUGGAAUAGCAGAAGCUUUUGAAAUGUCGGACACUUUUUGAGAAAGUGUGUGACAUAUAUUCUGACAGUACAGAAUGACAUUCGACUUUGUGGAAAGAAAUUGCUGUAACUAGUGUAAGAAGCAUUAAACAACAGUCCAGACAUUUUCUGAGCUGAAUGCUUCAUUUUAUUAAGAAUAAAACCUUAACCCAAAUACAAAAGAAGAUUCUGCAUUUCGCACAAAAGUAAUAAAAACCAAUACAAAGUAAAAUACACAAAAAGAGUGUGCUGGUGAAGUCAAGAGACCAGUAACUACAUUUAAUGAUAUUAUAUAGAGAGAAUCAUUAGUUAGAAUACCGAAUCUAUACAUGAAAACAUGGUAGAAUUUACAUCUCA